AUGGUUGCCUCUGAUCGUCCCGUUGAUGGGGGAUCGGUGACCGUCAAUGCUGGCGAUGAAUGUGAUCUGUCUCUGAAGAAAAUCUUCAUACCUGACAUACUCGCAAGAUGGCCAUUUCCCCGUCGUCUCAAUCAGCACUACUCCAAAGUCGGUGCUGAAUCAUCUGCUUGGCUUGAAAGCUUCAAAGCCUUCAGCCCCAAAGCACAACAAGCCUUCGAUGUCUGCAAUUUCAUCAACAACUUACUGAUGAGUCGGAUCCAUACAGAACACGCUCGCAGCGCUUGCGAUGUCAUGAAUCUUUUUUAUGUUAUAGAUGAAUAUUCAGAUGUCUCGGAAGAGGGCGAGGUCCGUCAACAGAAGGACGUCGUCAUGGAUGCCCUGCGCCACCCUUACAAGCCACGUCCCAAAGGAGAGUGGGUCGGUGGAGAGGUCGCUCGCCAAUUUUGGGAACGUACUAUAUGUAACGCUAGUGGUCAAUCGCAGAAGCGGUUCAUCGCAGCAAUGGAUGAAUAUCUAGAGGGCGUAGUGCAGCAGGCCAUUGACCGAAGCAGACAUCACAUUCGUGACAUCCAAAGUUAUUUCAACGUGCGCCGCAGAACGGUUGGAGUACGGCCUUCGUUCGCCAUCGUGGAGCUGGGUCUCAAUAUCCCGGAUGAAGUAAUUUCGCACCCAAGAAUUGAGGAUAUGGUAGUGGCAUCCGUUGACAUGGUCAUUGUCGCUAAUGACAUCGCAUCCUACAAUCUAGAGCAAGCGCGUGGGGAUGCCAUCCACAAUGUAGUAACAAUUGUUAUGCACGAGUUUAACACGGAUGUCAACGGCGCUAUGCUCUGGGUGACGGAUUACCAUACAAAACUCGAGAAGACGUACUUCGAGGCCUUGGCAGCCAUUCCGAAAUGGGGGGAGCCGACCGACUGGCAGGUUAGGGAGUACUGCGAUGGCUUGGGAAAGUUUGUGCGCGCCAACUUUGAUUGGUGCUUCGAGAGUGGGAGGUACUUUGGCAGCGAUGGUCUGAAAGUUCAAGAGAGAAGGUGGAUUUUGCCGAUGCCAAAAGACCACUUAAGGAAAGGCCGUGAAGACAUUGGACCUGUACUUGUUGGUGUGACCCAUUGA